UUGAGUUUAGUGGCUGUUUAACAACUGUCUGUCAUGUUAAAACAUAUCGCCACUGAUUUACUCGUCCAUUUACUGUGUUUUCGUGUGAUAAACCAAUCUCUCUUUUUUUUUGUUAUCGAUCGGAACAGUCAGUAGAUUAUUAGUUGCUCUGUAAAGGAUUACUCAAGCGGGAUUGAUUUAAUUUAUUAUUUCCAUCAAGACAGCUCAUAAAUAAGAUUUUAUCAGGAUGAUUUCUGAUUUCCAAAGGGGAUAUGCCAUGACCAUUGGUGAACUGGGUCCUGUGAACCGUGAAUGGAUUAAAAAAGGCUCCCCUGUGUCUCAAAUGGCUGGUCUGCAAACACAGCUUCAGUUCAAUAACAUAAUGGCACCCAGUGUUCUUAACCGAGCCACCGGUGUGGGACCCCCUUCUCCCAUCGUGAUAGAGAAACUUAUACCCCGUCUAGAGAGGCAGGAUGAUAUGGAGAGCUGCAGCAGCUCCUUACGCCUCUCAGUCCUCUCAGAAGAGCGCCUGCAGGCUGCCGUCAGACUCGCCAGGAGAGAUCUGCGCAGGAAACGACAGGAAUCCAUCAGCCGUUCCUCACUUGAACCAGCGGAGAGAUCCCAGAUUAUCAGCCCUGAAAGAAGCAACACAGAUUACAGUCCUCAUGUGGUCUACCCAAAGAUAUCAGGUCCAAAGAAGCAAAUAAAAAACAGGGAUCAGGUGCUUGUUUAUACUCCUCAGAAUACCAACAGGCAACUUAAACAGGGCCCGACACCCACCAAAGACUUUGAUCUGAGAGUCAACAGCAGUGAACCUCAGCUCAGCCAGGAGAUCCGUAAAUUACAGAAGGAACUGAGCACAUAUGUUCAAAGGAUAGAGCAGUUGGUUAAUAAAGAAUGUGUGGUGGAGGUUCUGGAGCCCGAUGAGAAGCACAGGAUGGAGAUCCGGCGGCAGGAGCAGGCAGCCCGUUCCGCACGUAUCAUCUAUGUGUUACAACAGCAGAUUAAAGAGGUACAGGAGGAUCUAGACAAGCUGCGUUCCCAGAAUGUCAAACACACCCAAAAGUCCAAGGCAUUGGACAGACUGGCUGCUGCUCACCGGGGAGCUGUAAGAGCCAUGCAGGUUUUUAUCAACCAGCUGUCGGACCCUACAGAGAGCAGAGUGCCCACCCACUGCAAAGAGCUGGGUCAGCUGAUUCGCCAGCUCUCUCUCUGCUCAGCCAAAGUACAGGCGGGACAAGGAUCUACCGUACCAGAGACAGCCCUCGACAUCCUGCAGAAAUUAGAGACGCUUGACUCGGCACUGAGUAAGCAGAAGGCACCCAGGAAAAGAGACGUAGAUUUGCAGAUUGUCAACCCAGUGGAAAACACUUCUAGCCGGGUCAGGGCCCGCAGCAUGUCCCCUCCUCGUCCUGCCAGAGACCCAGCUGAGAGGACCUCACGAAGACCCCGAAAGUCAGCUGCUGCAAAAAAGCCUGGUGGCAGCAGACUGGCAGGGAAAUCCCACAAGACCUCACAGGCUUUGGUGAAGGAGCGCAAUGAAGUUUUAAAGGCAGGGCUAGAGAGCCUCAUACAUCAUCAAAAACUACGAGAGGCAGACGCACAGAAACCCAACAAAACUACCAGUGCCAUCAACCCAGACCAUGUUAAGCAGGCGGCUCAUCUUCGUGAUGCCAGCUUCCAGCAGCCCACUGUCUCAUCCCGACUAAGAGAAAACCAGGUACCCCAGAAAGAGCCCACUGUGCCUUGGAUGCCAACUUCUCCUCACUCUCCUCCUCGCCCACGGUGUAGUGCUGUGUCCAGCCGGCCAGAGCCCAGAUGUCUGUUCUCACCUCAAAAGAGCCCUAUAAAGCAGAAGCCACAGACCAAUUCCAGUACACAGCUCUUAUCACAUGAUAGGAAACAAGCCCAAAAUGAAGCCCUCAGGCAAGCCUGGUUGGACCGGGUGACUGCAGACAGACUGAGAGAGCUGAAUCGUCUGAGUAAAGAAGAGGCUGACCGCAUUAACAAACUCCGGACCACAGUAGGCUCCCCGACACAAUGGGCCGAAAAAGCUGAGCGGGCCAUUAAAGUGAGAAUUCAGCCUUUGUUGGAUCGAGCACAGGUGGUUGAAGCAGGAAGUGACACUCUCAGAGCGCAGCUGAAGGUUGUAGAUAAGCCCGGGGCCAGGGCGGAUGUCCUGAGCGACGCUCUUCUGGACGAUCUUCUGGAGGACGCAGCUCAAGCUCUGUGGGUGACGGAGAGGCAGCAGGUGGCCGAGACUGAUGCUGAGAGGAAGCUGCAGGACCCCACAUUAGAGAGCAUGUUGCUGAGGAUGGAGGAGAUGGAGAGAGACCAGGAAGAUGUACGUCGACGCUUUGCUAUGAUCUCAUACUCAGACCCUCUCAUUUGGGAAAAAGGCACAGACGAUCCAAGGAAUAUUUCUAGCUCCAGGCCAGCCUCUCCUCAACCAAUCCGACUGACGAAACCAGUCCUGAAUGCACCCAGCUCGGCCGACAUCCUCCUGCAAAAGCCAGUUGAGACUGGGGCUGCAUCAGACACGUCGAUGCUAGAUGAGGAGUGUUUAACUCUAAAUGACCCCAGGAAUCCAGUCUCAGCUGGAGGGGAAAGCACACGAGGGACGUACCUUACUGUGCCGCCCAGCAUGCAGAGGAGUAUCCAGAAAUACAGGGAGAACCAUGAUGCCUUCCUAUGCCUGGUCUCACAUGAGGCUCUGGGGAGCUUCAAUCCCUGGGCAAUAGCAGACAGUCUGGCGGAUGAGCUAAUGGCCGAGGCACUGGCUGAUGUGGCGGCAGAGUUCCAGGAUGUUUGUGAAGAGUAUGCGGAAGCUGUUUUCACGUCAGAGUUCCUCCAGCCUGUGCAGUCUCCCACUACAUCAGUGUCAUAGAAGCUCCUCAUAAACAACUUACAAGCAAUGACAUUUUGAUAUGUUUUUGGAAUUGAAAAUGGUAAUAUCCAGGUUUAUAUAUUUGUAUGUUUUUUUCCAUGAAUUACGUUUCCAUGCUUUAAAUAUAGAACUUACCGGUUAGAGCUCAGUAUUUACUCAGACCGGCAUUUUUGCUGUAAUGCGAAACCUUAGUGGGCGGUCUGACUUCUAAAUGCAAACAGAUGCUUUAUAGCACACGGCUAACAAAUGUCACAUCAAUGUGUCAUAAUGCAUGCAACCUUUGUGCAUUAGUCAAUGCUGUAGUUAGUGGCUAUUCAGCAUAGAGAAAAGCUUUAAAAAACCUUCUACAUUAUUAAUGCAUUGGGAAUGAUAAGAUUUACACUGUUAUCCAUAAAUACCUCACACUAGAGGAUCACUCACUUCCUCUUGAAUAAGCAUUAUUAGAGGCAUUAAUGCGAUCCGCAUCAGAACACAAACUUGUUGCUUUGUGGACUGAUUUCACACACUCUAAAGCAUAUGUUAUGUUCCUCUAUGCUAAUU